GAACGCUCUCAACCAAUCCGCGAACUCAAGGUUGAAAAGAUGGCGUCUUCGUUUGGAUGGAGAUGUGUAGCAGUGUUGCUUUUUGGAGUAUUUAUCCUGUCUGUUCAUUGUUCAGACAGUAAACCUAAGAAGAAGAAGGAUAUUCGGGAUUACAAUGACGCGGAUAUGGCGAGGCUGCUGGAGCAGUGGGAGAAAGAUGAUGACAUUGAAGAGGGGGAUUUGCCAGAGCACAGACGACCCUCCCCGCCCAUCGACUUCUCCAAAGUGGACCCUUCCAAACCUGAAGACCUCCUGAAGAUGUCCAAGAAGGGAAAGACCGUGAUGGUGUUUGCAACGGUGUCCGGAAACCCCACAGAGAAGGAGACGGAAGAGGUCACCAGCCUGUGGCAGGGCAGCCUCUUCAACGCCAACUUUGAUAUUCAGAGGUUUGUGGUGGGUUCCAAUCGUGUCAUCUUCAUGCUACGUGAUGGCAGCUAUGCGUGGGAGAUUAAAGACUUCCUGAUCCUCCAGGAGCGGUGUGAGGACGUGACUGUGGAGGGCCAGGUGUUUCCUGGGAAAGCAGCCAAUAAGGCCAACAAGGUCAACAAGGACAAAGAACAAAAUGAGACCAAGAAGAAGAAGGACAAGAACGCAGCCAACCGAGUGAAUAAAACCAAACAGGAGCUAUGACGGCACUGAUAUCGACAAGGUUUGUGGAGCAGAAGGAAGGCGAGUUGAUGCCUUACACAGAGACUACACUCUGAGAAGAGCUAAUGAGCCCAGUUGGCUAGAGUGUUUCAGACACUAGUUUCGGACAUUUCUAUACAUGGUUAAAUCAAAUACCAUGCUCCUACAUCAUUAUUUGCAUUAUUUGCUUACAGAAGGUACUUGCUCUAAGAUGCUUCAGAAAGGACUUCAUUCAGUACAGUGUUACUUUUUUUGGUCCCUCAAUCUUCACUGAAAUAAUUGAAAUGAAAUGAUUAAUCAUUAAAAAUGAUUUGGCCUUAUCAAAUAAUCCUUUUUAUACCUCACCAUUAUAAAUCACUUGAAUUCAACACAUUGCAUUUUGAAUCAGAAUAAAAGAGAUUUGUAAUACA